AUGCUAGUCCACUGUGACUCACAGCAAGCUUCGUGUUCUUUCACAUGCUCCAAGGGAUGGCCAGCCAAAUCCUACACGCUCUCACAUAGGAUCCAAAGCUGUUUCCUGAUGUCUGCUGUGGCAUCUCUUCGACACUGCUCGAGACUUGAGAAGCUCGGCUGCCACGAACGCCUUCGCUUGUCCUUAGCUGGGUCCGGUCUUUUGGAAGAGCUGCUGUACCAGAAGACGAACGGCAAGAUCAAGAUACAUGGUGUUGAGGUGCCUUCUUGUCGGUCUGUAUAUCUCCCUGAGGAUCGUAUGCUCAGAGUACCCAGCACUACAUCUCUGCAUCCCGACGCGAUACUGGCAGACACGUUGUUGUUCUGCUACCCUCGUCAGUCUUCACUGAUCAGAGAGUAUGUCGAUCAAUUCGGCAGUGGGGCACUGGCUCAGAUUGUGCUGGUUGUCAACCACAACGACUGGAAAGAUAUGGCCAAGAUAUUGCAUGAUUCUUUCUCGACAAUAGAGAUUGUUGAAAGCGCAGGUCUGCCCGAAUAUGAAGUGCUCGUCGUGGCAUCAGUGCCUCGUGGCCGCCACAAAAGCUAA